GCCCGGGAGGACGGCCGAGCCCGCCCGCCGCGGAAGCGACCCGCCCGGGGCCUUAUUUGGCCAACGGGGCCGGGCGCGAAGCCCUCCUGGAAAACUGUCUCGUCGGCCGCUUUCCUCCCGCGCCUGUGGCUUGAAUUCUUCAGCUCUGCCUUCGUGAUCUCUCCAUCGGGGGAGAAAAGGGAACCUCAACUUCUUGCUCUUUAACUUCAGUGUCUUUCAUCUCCUGGCAUUGGACUUUGAGCCAUUAGAAUCAUGAGCAACUACAGUGUGUCCUUGGUUGGCCCAGCUCCUUGGGGUUUCCGGCUGCAAGGUGGCAAGGAUUUCAACAUGCCUCUGACAAUCUCUAGUCUAAAAGAUGGUGGCAAGGCAUCCCAGGCGAAUGUCAGAAUAGGUGAUGUGGUUCUCACCAUUGAUGGAAUAAGUGCAAAUGGAAUGACUCAUCUCGAAGCCCAGAACAAGAUUAAGGGUUGUACAGGCUCUUUGAAUAUGACUCUGCAAAGAGCAUCUGCUACACCCAAGUCUGAGCCAGUUUCUGUUCAAAAGGGAGAACCUAAAGAAGUAGUUAAACCUGUGCCCAUUACAUCUCCUGCUGUGUCCAAAGUCACUUCCACAACCAACAUGGCUUACAAUAAGGCACCACGGCCUUUUGGUUCUGUGUCUUCGCCAAAAGUCACAUCCAUCCCAUCACCAUCGUCCGCCUUCACCCCAGCCCAUGCGACCACUUCAUCACAUGCUUCCCUUCCACCUGUGGCUGCCGUCACUCCUCCCCCAUUCGCUGCAUCUGGACUGCAUGCUAAUGCCAGUCUUAGUGCUGACCAGGGUUCAUCCGCACUGAGCGCUGGUAAAACUGCAGUUAAUGUCCCACGGCAGCCCACAGUCACCAGCGUGUGUUCCGAGACUGCUCAGGAGCUAGCAGAGGGACAGAGAAGAGGAUCCCAGGGUGACAGUAAACAGCAAAAUGGUAACCCUGGCACCGUGAAAAUCCCGCCUAAACGCCCGCCGAGAAAACACAUUGUGGAGCGCAAUACAGAGUUUUAUCACAUACCCACUCACAGCGACGCCAGCAAGAAGAGACUGAUUGAGGACACUGAAGACUGGCGUCCGCGGACUGGGACAACGCAGUCUCGCUCUUUCCGAAUCCUUGCCCAGAUCACUGGCACUGAACAUCUGAAAGAAUCUGAAUCCGAUAGUGCAAAGAAGGCAAACAGCCCUCAGGAGGCUGCUCCGCAAGUGGCUUCUUCCUCGGUGGCUUCCUCGCGGAGCGUGCCCGAGAGCGUGGAGGGCCCAGGCUCGGGCAGACCAGGGGUGACCGGCCUCACCACCGCUGCUGCCUUCAGGCCUCUGGGAUCCGCCAGCGUCAUCAAGUCUCCAAGCUGGCAGCGGCCAAACCAAGCAGCACCUUCCACUGGAAGAAUCUCAAACAGUGCUACUUCCUCAGGGGCAGCGGCACCAGCCAACUCUGCUCUGGGACAAUCCCAGCCAAGCGACCAGGACACAUUGGUGCAAAGAGCUGAGCACAUUCCAGCAGGGAAACGAACCCCAAUGUGUGCCCAUUGUAAUCAGGUCAUCAGGGGACCAUUCUUAGUGGCACUGGGGAAAUCUUGGCACCCAGAAGAAUUUAACUGUGCUCACUGCAAAAAUACAAUGGCCUACAUUGGAUUCGUAGAAGAGAAGGGAGCCCUGUAUUGUGAGCUAUGCUAUGAGAAGUUCUUUGCUCCUGAAUGUGGUCGAUGCCAAAGGAAGAUCCUUGGGGAAGUCAUCAAUGCUCUGAAACAAACUUGGCACGUUUCCUGUUUUGUGUGUGUGGCCUGUGGAAAGCCCAUUCGUAAUAACGUUUUUCACUUGGAGGAUGGAGAACCCUACUGCGAGACUGAUUAUUAUGCCCUCUUUGGCACCAUAUGCCAUGGAUGUGAAUUUCCUAUUGAAGCUGGAGACAUGUUUCUGGAAGCUCUGGGCUAUACCUGGCACGACACUUGCUUUGUAUGCUCAGUGUGUUGUGAGAGUUUGGAAGGUCAGACCUUUUUCUCCAAGAAGGACAAGCCACUUUGUAAGAAACACGCUCAUUCUGUGAAUUUUUGAAAGUCAGCACCUUCAGGAGAAGAGAAGAAAUUUCAAGAGAAAAAGGAGAAUUAAAAUAACCAAUUAAUUUUUAGAUUUAGUAUUUAUAUGGAGUUUUGAAAAAUAAUAGUGGCCCUGAAGGAAUAAAUUCCAGCUUUAAAAACCAAGUUCUAUGAGGAAAUAUUUGGCUUCAGAAAGUAAAGAGACAGUUUGGCAUUUAUUAUUACUUUUUCCUGUAUUUUAUGCCCAUAAAAUAACUUUUAUAAAAACCAAUUUCCUGGUUGACUAUUAAAUUCAUCUUAGAAUAAAUUAGUGAAGAAUUAAGUUUUAGAAUAAAAACUCCAGUCUUUAUGCUGAAAUAAUUAUACUUUCUUUUCUUGUUAGGUAGCUAUGAGUAAUCUGCAAAAGGCAAUGAAAAUGCCUUAAACUUUAUCAAUAAGAGAAUCAUUGUAUUUUUUAAGAAAACUAAUGCUUAUUAACAGCAAAUAGGAGUUUAAACAGAGAAUUUUAUCAGUAGUAGGUGUCAGUUUUUAAAAAAUCAUUCAAACAUUAGAUUUUCCUUACAGUUGAUCAUUCUAUAAUUGUAGGGAGGGGCAAUGAGGUUUUUGAUCAGAAUAUAUUGUGCCAAUAAGGAGAUGCUAUAUUUUUUUGCAUGUCCCCCCAAAAAGCUAUAAUAGAGCUUAUAAAUCUCAAAUGUUUGCCUUUAUUAAAAUGUGACUGUUUUUAUUCAUUGUGUUCCAUCACCUGUAUUAGUCAAACUCCAUUUUUUUUUUCCCUUCCUUCACUGAGGUAAAGAGCUAAUUAAGUAACUUUGGGCUGUAACAGUUUUCUCUCUCUUAGAAUAAAUAGAAAAGAAUGUGGCUUAGAAUUAUGGUAAAUCGAAAGAUCACACCCAGAAUUUAAAAAAAAAUCCCCCCUUUUCAGAUAAUGAAACUGAUGAAAAUUUGAGAGCUCUCUUUGCUGAAUAAUUUUUUUGCUUUUUUUUUUUAAAUUCUACAUUAGAAAAAUAAAAGAUUAACUUAGGGAUAUGGUAAAAUCAAGGUUUUUUUUUGGUUUGGUUUGGUUUGGUUUGUUAGUUUUCUCUCGGUAAGAAGUGAACCACUUUCAAAUAUGAUCAUGAAAUUUGGAAAGCUUUGGUUCACAGAGGUUUGGUGGUACAGGAGGAGAGCUUGAUUAAUUACUCGGAUUGGCCUGGUAUGUGUUUUCCUCACUUGGAGAAAGAAUUAUGUAGAUACCACGUGAAGGCAGAGAAACAAUUGUGGUAAAACUGUGGAUCCUGUUGAUAUUUGCCCAGUGAGAAAACAGAUUAUACUGUUAUGCGUUUGAUAGUAUUUCUCUUUGUUUCCAGAAUAGAUGAAAGCCCACGACCCCACUAAGUAAUAAUUUCAAUUUGUUUGGGGCAAGGACAGCCCUGAGUCCUUCCUACCCCAUCACUCACUCACGCCUUCACGUCCAUUGUGUGCAUGUUUGUUAAAGAGGAGGUUUUAGGCUACAGUAUUUGUUUAACCUCCCUAAGAACUUUCAAGGCUUCUGUCCUGAAAGCUGUUAACUUAUGGUCUAGCAGAUUUACAUUAUAUGCAGAUAAUAAUUAACUGGGGAUAAAAGAAUGGCAAGGGGUGACACAAAGUGGCAAGCUGAAUGCCUCUCCAAUAGCAACCCCAGAGUACCCUCCUCACCCUGCAUCUUGCAGGGAGGCAGGAAGUUUCUUUUGAAAUAAAGUGCUGGAACCGAAUCGUGUAUUAUUUCUCAUUGCUGCUGAAAGCACCUCUAAGAGACCUGCUGGCUGCCGUGCAUUGUCACAUAUCUUAAUGUCAGUCUUUUGCAAUAUAGAAUACAAAAUAAGCUGGUGGUUUUGUUUUGGUGUGACAGAGAUUCUUUUGUUUGUUUGUUUAGUUUUGCCUUCAUAGAUUACAUGCCAAGAUAGUAUUUGAUAAGUCAGUGGCAUUUGGGUAUUUGCUUCACAGAAAUUUAUUUGACCUGGAUUUUUUUUUUAUAAAGUUAUCUUACAUUAAGGAUGUCAUCUCUAUUAGACUUUUCUUUCUCUUUAUCUUUUGUGGAGCAUAAUGUUGCACUUCUCCGAAUCUUAUCCCUAAAAGGGUGGUGUCGCUUCCUAAUUUAUCAUUUUGUCUUCGUGCUUUGCCCAUCUCUUCUGUGGCAAAGCUUUAUCUCUGUUCCUAAACCAGUUAAUCCUGUGAAAUAAAUAUUGAACAUAAUCCAGAAGAGUCUCUGUAUUUUCCAGUAGGAAAUGCCAUAAAUGCACCAGCAGUAAUCUUUUCAUAACUGGCAGAGCACUUUAUUCUUCUGGUGAGCUCUCUGAAUAUUUAUUUUUCUGAUUAUAAAUAUUCCAUGUCAGUAGCCUUUUUUAUUAUUACUUCUUCACCGUAGAACAUGUACUUGUACUGUCUCUAGAUGUACAUUUUGUAAUGCUGUACUUGGUAUAACACAGAUUAAAAUUAUAGUACAUGACUCUAAAAACUCCCCUACUUGGAUUUCCCAUUUUCCAAAUUUUAGGGGUAGGUUCAGAUUUAUAAUAUUUCUCUAGACUUACAUGGACUGAAUUUUGCCCACUGAAGUAGCAACCUAAAAAUUAUCCUCUCUGUGUAUGCUUAUAUAGUCGGCCCUCUGUAUCCAAAGGUUUCACAUGUGUGAUUCAACCAACUGCAGAUCAAAAUAUUCAGAAAAUAAAGGAUGGUUGCACCCUUGCUGAACACGUACAGACUUUUUUCCCCUGUCAUUAUUCUUUAAACAAUACAAUGUCACAACUAUGCACAUGGCAUUUAUAUUGUAGUAGGCCGUUAAGUCAUCUAGCGCUGAUUCAAGGUAUUUGGUAGGAUGUGCGUGGUCAUAUGCAGAUACUACAGCCAUUUUGUACAAAUGACUUGAUCAUUGUGGAUUUGGGUAUCUGAGAGGGUUCUGGAACCAGCCCCCCGCAGGGAUACUGAGGGACAACUACAGUAGCAUACAUUUUCGCAUUAGGGUUACAUGUAGAGUCUAAAACUAAAACCUGAUCAUUUGGUCAUGUAUUAAAACAAAUAGAAAUAGUAGUUUAAAUCUUCAAAAUAUUAGCGUAGCCAUCAUGUUUAAAAUAAUCUACAACAAAAAUGUACCAUUUUCAAGGGGUACUAUAUUAGGAGCACUUUUAUAGAAAAUGAUUCCUUCCUUUCCCCUGUUUAAUGUUAUGUUAACAUUUGUGUGGCAUUCGGAGUUCAGUCGUCCCUAUGGAAGCGAGAGGCUUCUCAGACAUAAGGGAAAACACACUGAGUGGUUUUACACAAAUCAAUUCUGGCUUCAGUUUGUCCCGCUCUCUCCUCAAAUGUUUAAAGGUAUUAGAUUUGGAUUCUCAAUGUAUAAUUUGCCUUAUCCAUUAAUCUCUAUUUUCUGUUUCUUAAGUUUUUAAAUUUGUGUAUAUCUGCUCUUUUGCUUUUGGAGACAUUUUCUAAUUGAAAGCCACAUGCGAAAUAUAAUCAGUAUAGUAAUACCUUAAUGUACACAUACUCAAUAAAUAAAUGACUGCAUUGAUGUGGA